AUGCUGGAUAUAGAAGAGAGAAAUCAGACAAGCAUCAGAGAAUUCAUCCUUCUGGGUUUGGGGAACCUCCCUGAGCUGCAACUUUUCCUUUUCUGGUUCUUCUUGGUGAUUUAUCUGAUGACAAUAACUGGGAACCUCCUCAUCUUUCUGCUUGUUGUUGCUGAUCAGCACCUUCACACCCCAAUGUACUUCUUCCUGGGAAAUUUGUCCUGCUUAGACACUUGCUAUAGCUCUAUCUCGCUACCCAAAAUGUUGGCCAACUUGCUGACUGGUAAAAGAACCAUUACUCUAAGUGGAUGCCUAGCUCAGUAUCAUUUCUUUAGCCUUUGUGGAAGUAUAGAAACCUAUCUUUUGGCUGCCAUGUCUUAUGACCGUUAUCUGGCAAUUUGUAGACCUUUGCUGUAUGCUUCUAUUAUGAAUAGGAAAUUCUGUUUUCGGCUUAUGGCUGGGACAGGGAUAAAUAGUUUGAUAGUUAAUAUUAUUCUGGCAGCUUUCCUGGCUCAGUUAUCCUUCUGUGGGCCUAAUGUCAUAGACCAUUACUUUUGUGAUUUACACCCACUGAUGAAAUUAUCCUGUACUGAUAGAAGUUUCUUUGAAAUCUUUGCUUUUUGUGGUGCCAUUAUUUUCACAGUUCCUCCAUUCCUGUUGACCAUCAUUUCUUAUAUUUCCAUCAUUGCCACCAUCAUCAAGAUGCAGUCCACCACUGGAAGGCAAAAAGCCUUUUCAACCUGCUCAUCUCAUCUCCUGGUGGUUUGUCUUUUUUAUGGCACAUUAAUCAUUGUCUAUGCAUUGCCAGAAACACCGUCCUUGAGACACCUCAAUAAAAUCUUCUCUAUUUUCUAUACAGUCAUGACUCCUUUGGUCAACCCUCUAAUCUAUACCUUAAGAAAUAAAGAAAUUCACAAAGCCGUGAGACGGCUUUUAAAUAAAGUGAUCAUUUUUGGCAUGUGUCACUUGAAAUUGUCCAUUUCUUUUUAA